AUGUCAAGCGUUGGGAGUCGUCGAAAAAAUCCUCUAAAUCUCAGUCUCCCAACGACCGUAAAAGAAAAUGACAAUGAUAAGACGGAAAACGUUGAGGAGAAUGCAGUGUUUUCGUUAGACGAGCAACUCAAGCAGAUGGCCCUAACUGAGCCUCAGAAGCAGCGUAUGCAAGAGUGGAUCAAGGAGAAGAAACUCGUACCAUUAAGUGAAUUGAAUGAAGAAAUGCUGGAAAAGAUGUGCGAAUUAGGCCAUGGCAAUGGUGGUGUUGUGCAUAAAGUCAUGCAUAAACCAAGUAAAGUUAUCAUGGCUAGAAAAUUGGUACAUCUUGAAGUUAAGCCUUCUGUUCGAUCGCAAAUUUUAAAGGAAUUGGACGUUUUGAAUAAAUGUAAUAGUCCAUACAUAGUUGGUUUCUAUGGAGCGUUCACGGACAAUAAUGAUAUAUCGAUAUGUAUGGAAUACAUGGAUGGUUUAUCACUGGAUGUUAUCAUGAAAAAGGUUGGUCGUUUAACGGAACCUCUCGUUGGACGCAUCGCAGUAGCAGUGAUCAGGGGUUUAUCUUAUUUGAAAGAUGAACAUAAAAUCCUUCAUCGAGAUGUGAAACCAUCAAACAUACUUGUCAAUUCGCGUGGAGAAAUCAAGUUGUGCGAUUUUGGUGUUUCUGGGAUGCUUAUUGAUAGUAUGGCAAAUAGUUUUGUCGGGACUCGAUCAUAUAUGGCUCCAGAACGAUUAACAGGUAGUCAUUAUAAUGUUCAAUCAGAUGUAUGGAGUUUUGGAUUAUCGUUAGUUGAACUGUCAAUUGGUCGUUAUCCAAUACCAGCAUUAACAAAACGUGAUUAUUCAAUUAUCUUUGACAUUCGCGAAGAUGAAAUACAGUUGUCUGGUAAUAAUAAUAAUAAUAAUAAUAAUAACACACCUUCAUCACUCAACAAUAACAACAACACCGAUGUUUCAACACCGAAAACAAUGGCCAUCUUCGAGCUAUUAGAUUACAUCGUCAAUGAGCCCCCUCCAGUUUUACCGAAGAAGAUAUUCACGGAUGCGUUUGUGGAUUUCGUUGAAAAAUGUGUGAAGAAAAAUCCAAUCGAAAGAGCAAAUCUUAAAACGUUGAGCAAUCACGAAUUCUUCAUUCGAUAUGCAACCGCAGAAGAUGGUGGUGAAUUUGCACGUUUCGUGCAAUCGACAAUUUGCAGUCAGUUAUCGUAA